AUGAGCAGCGAGGACGCAGUGGAACUAGAAAGAUUUCAGAAACCCUCAAAGCUGGAAGAAGCCCGUUCAGUAAAAACCCUUAACAGUGCUGCUGGGCCCGAAAAAGAAACAGUUUCUUCGGUGACAGUUAAGGAUGCUGCCGAAGAAAAUUCGUCUACAGACGAAGCAUCAGAUGAACGAACAGAUGGGAGGAAUCGAGAAAGCGAGAGUCAUGCCGAUCGUGAAGAAAUCUCCACAUCAUCUGCAAGCAGUACUGAAGUAGUAGUCCCCGAUGCUGAGGCCGAAAAACAGCGAGAAAUGUCAGUUCCCAGAAAACGAUCGUUUCCGGAUCUCACGGGAGAAGUCGAAGCAACAGCCGAAGGUUUUUAUUACUUUUCGUGUUUUGUUUUUUUGCAUUUUUUCAAAUUUAGCAAUCCCACCUACGUCAUCCACGACAAGUAUAGCUUGAAGCAGGAAUUUUGUUUGAACUUGAUCCUUGGCCCUAAAUCACCUCGAAAACUAAUACAUAUCAUUUGUUUGGAUGAAUUUGUUUAUGAGUUGCUACUUGAUCAUGAGUUAAUUUAG